UUCAAAUAAUAUUGUAUAUGCAAAUGCGAUAGAUAGAAUAGGAUAACAUGACCGAAAAAAAAAAUAGAAACUCAAACCUAUUUUUAUUUCGGUUUUUCAUGGCUUGAAAGACUAAUUGUCUCGGUUGAAGGCUUGAAUAAAAUUCAGGGAAGUCUUUGCACGGCUUACAGGUCAGAUGAAAGGCCGUUUGUCAUGGACUUACUGUAACCGACUUACAUUUAUAAUCGGGAAUCAUUUAUCAGAAAUGCAGCAAAUGUGAGUUUAAAGUAUUACACCACGGACAGUCUAUAUCAUCUCUCAAACAUCUGCAACCGUCUGUUUUAUAAUGUCGUAUUUCAGUGCGUGCGGCAGAUCACAAAGUGUUUGAUGUAUACUUUCCGAGCAACAACUAAAGAAAGAGGGCGCAAUUUUGGCGGAUGAAACUGGUUACUGAACUGAAUAAAGCCAAAUGGACUAUUACAAUUAACUGAAGAUAUUAAGCCAGAAAUGGCAUUGUGACGUGAAAGAGAGCUAAUUCCGCUUUUAUGUCAUAAAUGCGAGUCACGUGCGAAAAAAGAACUCUUUUAAAUCGACAGAACUUAAUUAUCUCUAGUACAGUGCGUCAAAAGUUCAGUUUGAAUAAAGCAAUACGUAGGCGUCAGGGUUUUCGAAAUAAUUUCCACCUCAAACAUGCUCAUCGCUUUCACCCACACAGGUUUAAUUCAUUAGACUUCCUUUUGCUUUUAAAGCGCAUCUUUGUAAAGCUUAUUCUAAAAAUCGAGAAAUUUUUUUCUCGUGAAAUUUUACUCGAAAGCGAAUGGUUUACGAAAACGAAAGUUCCCUCUUAGUUUUAUUUUUUUCCCAAAUAUUAGCCAAAUUUGAAAUACUAUUUUUUUUAUUUUUUGUGUUGAUCACCAGCUGAAGAAAAGAAAGCUUCCAACGCUAAUAAAUCCUGAAAAUACCUUAAUUACAGGGCGAGGAAGGCACAGGAUAUCAAUGGAAGGAAAAGCCUUGUAUUUUGCGCAGUGAAUAUUUUGUGCAGUGGAUGUUAAUUGCAUGUGGAUGAAUGAACAAUGGGGCUUAGCUGUCGACAGGCAUCCAAUUGAAUGAGUGAAGAGAUGGCCGAUUAUUUACGUUAACACAUUAUAGAUGUAAAUUUCUGUCAAACACGAAACAUUUUGCACAGAGCAACUCAGUUAACAAUGUGGCAGUGAGGAAACACAUGGACAAGAAAUGACUAGCUUGAACCACUCGGCUAUGGAGUCGCCCGAACAGUCCACCAAACAAGAUACCUACCUUAGAGUUAUCACAUGCACACUUAUCGCAAUAUUGAUCGUUUUGACCCUGCUCGGAAACGUUCUUGUCAUGGCAGCGUUCUGUCUUUGCAAGGAAUUGAGGACAAUUACCAACUACUUUCUCGUUUCGCUGAGUUUAGCGGAUUUGCUCACGGCUUUGCUCGCCAUGCCGAUUUUCAUGGCCUCAAAAAUCACGUCAGAUGGCAGCUUAUUUCCUGGAGGAGCAGUCUUCUACGACGUUUGGCGGUCAAUAGACAUUAUUUGCGGUACAGCGUCUAUUUGGAACCUGUGCCUAGUCAGUUUAGACAGACUUCUUGCGGUUGCCGCGCCGCUUAGGCACUUGGUUGUCCUCACACCAGCUUGUGCUAAGGCAGUUAUCGUGCUGGUCUGGGCAAGUUCUCUGGGCCUCUCAGGAAUUCUUCACAUGAACUGGAGUUACAAGGGUAUCCUUAUCACAUUUAUCAGUUUCUUUCUACCACUGUUUAUAAUCAUUUCCUCAUACGUCAAGAUUUAUCAAGUUACCACAAGAUCGUGCAUUUUACGCCGAAUCGGAGGUACGCAACUCAAAAGAGACAUUCGUUCCGCAAAACAAAUGGUGGUUGUUAUUAGUGUGUUUAUUUUAUGCUGGGUAGGUUUUUUUGUGUUGACUUUGAUACUUUCCAUUAAAAGAUCUAUGUCUUCAACGAUAAAUCCCGCGGUAUUAGACUUUCUGAAGUCUUUGACGUAUCUAAAUUCGUGUAUAAAUCCACUUUUAUUCACUAUGGUUAGCAGAACGUUUAAGAAAGCCAUAACCGAUAUUCUUCACUGCCAUAAACCGAAUUUGACGCGGGCCAGACGGCCGAAAUAUCUUGGAACUAGACGAAAUAAUAACAUGGGAUCUUUUCUCGUUUCGUCGCUGUUAAGAAGAUCAUCUAGCAUUCAAGAAAUACCAGGUCAUAAACGAGAACAUCACUGCUCGCAAAUAGUUACUUACACAGAGAGAGAAACUUGUUUGUAAAUUAAAUAUUUGUGAUGACGGAAACCAAAAAAAAAUGUCUGUAUGAGCUAAUAAAGUGGUGCAUUUCGGUGAUGUUUUUGUUUGAAAGGACACCGCUGGGGUAUUGUACAAAUCAUCCUGGACUAGGUUAUUUGUGAAGUUUUGCUUUACGAGGGGACUCAGAGCUUUUAAGAACUAUAAACAAUUAUGCAUGACACCUAUAGUGGUUGUAGAAUCACAAGAUGUAUUUUUUACUGUGUAUAUAUUUAUUGCUUUUGACACGAAAUGUUAAACGCGGGAGCGAAACUCGAUUCAGCACGGAAGUCAUUUUUAAGGUUAGAAAAGAGGAAAAUUUUAACCCUUGAGAAAAGACAAUCAAAAAUGCGGCCGGCAACAGUCAUCACUUUACCGUUUACAGGAUAUUCCACUUUUUAGACGGAAGAAUGCCAUUAAAAUAGUUGGAACAUGGCAAAGUGUUUGAAGAUUAGAACCGAAUAAAAAGUGAUUGUUUACUUGAAGAGUAACUAGCUUAUGACAUCAUUACAAUGGCAGGCCGCAAUAUCGUUAAUCGAGCAAAUAUGUCAAUCUAAUGAUCUGCAUCUUAGAAACCAAAGUGCUAUAGUUGGCUGCUUUAUUCCUUUGUCCUUGGCUAAGAUCUUUUGUUUGGUCUCUUCUCUUAAUAUCGCCAAUUUAAUUUUGUUUUUCCGAGUAAUUUAAAUACCAAAUAUGGCGCACCUGCUAGGAGUUGCUUUUAAGCCAACACUUCCUCUUUUUUCGCGAUGGCAUCAGCCGGUCGAUCGAGCGGCGAGGAUUUGAAGCAAUCUAGGAGAUUUUCACCUAGAUUAAGUCACACUUCUUACCGACUUUUAACAAUUACACGCAAAUGAAAUUUGCUCGAGAAACAAGUAGAUUGCACUGUAAUUACUUUGAUCGCAUAAAAACUGUAGACAGAAUUUUCACAUUGGGGUCUUU